GAGAGAGAGAGAGAGCUUCUCUUCGGUGCAUUAAGCCUCAUCAACUUACCUGCAGACAGGAGGGCAAGAGAGAGGGAGGAGGAAGAGCAAAGGAAAAAGGAACAUCCAGUUCUUGACCAAACAAGUUUGCAAAACAUGAGCAAAAGGGAUUAAGGUUCACAUUGGUUCGGUGCCAGUUUCAGGAUCGCUACAAAGACUGAAAACAUGCCUGAAAAGAUGCCUGAAAAUAAGCAGACAAUCCAGCGGACUGGAAGCUAUCUGUCUCACUCUGCUUACAGGAAGAUAAAAAGGGUGCUGAGCUUCAGAAGACGUGUAUUUGGUCAAAGGCUGGAGGAGACAGUCCUGUAUGAGAGGAGGUAUGGGGAUCACAUGGCUCCUUUGGUGGUGGAGCAGUGUGUUGAUUUCAUCCGAGAGCACGGGCUCACUGAGGUGGGACUCUUCAGGCAGCCCGGCCAGGCCACACUGGUUAAAGAGCUACAGGAAGCUUUUGAUGCUGGGGAGAAACCAUCUUUUGACAACAGCACAGAUGUUCACACAGUAGCAUCUUUGCUAAAGCUAUACCUCAGAGAGCUGCCUGAACCUCUGGUGCCAUUUUCUCGCUAUGAAGAGUUUCUUGUAUGUGGCAAAAGAAUCCCCUCAGACAGAGAAAAGGGUUUGCAAGACUUGAGGAGUCUCCUUUAUGAGCUACCUGUAGCGAACUUCAACCUCCUGAAAUACAUCUGCCAAUUCUUACAUGAUGUCCAGUCAUACUCCAGUGCCAAUAAGAUGAGUAUCCAGAACUUGGCAACUGUUUUCGGGCCAAAUAUCCUAAGGCCUAAAGCUGAGGACCCAGAAAGUAUCAUUGGAGGGGCAGCAGUUGUGCAACAUCUAAUGUCUGAACUGAUCCGUGAGCACAACCUGCUCUUCUCCCGAGAGAACUGCAACACUCCUGAAACAUCUUUACAAGCCACCCACCCCAUACAAAGACACAGUAACCUUGUGGAAUGGGUGCACGAACCACCUGCCCACCUGAGGGAACCUCUGUUGAGCAAAGAUCACAUGGUCCUUCCAGAUCAGACUGUUGCCUGUCCACAUAAACACUCUCUAACACUAAACACAGAGAGGAGAGGGUCUUUUCAAAGCCCUUGUGACAAAAACAUUACCCAUUUUUCAGAGACAGAGCAACAACUUCAAGAGAACUCUUCACCAACCAGCUCUGCUCUGAUUUACGACAACUACAGUCAGCACAGCUCAGCACAAGAAUCUCUCCAUAAAAGACAUGUACCUCCACCCUCCACCCCGCCACCUGCCUGUUCUUCUUUGAGCAAAGUACUGGAAGCUGGAGUUCAAAUAUCUAUGCAGUCAAGGAGCUGGCCUGACAUGGAAGAACCCAGCUGGGGACCAGAGAAAGCGUUAGGGGAAAAUGAAUCCCAGGAUAGAGGCAGCAGUGAAGCCCAGGAUAGUACCUUAUCUGUCUAUGACAACAUAGUUACUGAGGAGCAGGGGGAGCAAUAUAUAGAAGACAGGGAGGCCAAAGGUACUGCCAGUGUGGCUGAGAGCAGCAGCUCUUGGUCCUCCUGUGAGAUUGUGCCUUUGGAUGGGGGCUGUGGGAGCGGUGGAACUGCAAUCCCUUGCAAUGUCUCCCCAGGACAGUUCCCCUCAUUCAGAAUGGACUCUAGAGAGGAAGAACUUCGUCCUAACUCCCCUGCCUCAUCCUCUGCUCCUACAGAUGCGCCUUUAAGCACUGGCAGCAGCGAAGUCUUUUUGCCAAAUGCUCCCCAAGAGCCCCUGGGUUUUCCAGCUUCACACGCAAUGCAAUGCCUUGUUGCAGGGCUUCGUCAACAGAUGACCAAGCAAAAGGCAGAGUAUGAGGCAAAAAUCAACAGGCUGGAGCAGAGGAACAAGGUACUUCAUGGGGAAGUUGCAGGGCUGCGCUCAACUCUGCAGCAGCAGCGGCGCUGGGUCAGUGUGGCUGAGAUCAAGAUGAGAAAUGUAGAGCGAGCCCGUGCAGAUGCUGAUAGACGGAACGCCACUCUGCAACAGGAAAUGGAGCAGUUCUUCAAAACAUUUGGCGAGCUUAAGGCAGAGGCCCGGAAAACCAGUCGCAUUGUUCAGAGUUUUUGAAACAUUCAUGUGCAGCAUAUUAAGGUUUCACUCUUUUAAAGCAAUGUUUUCC